AUGGCGAGUGCAACGGGCGUUGAAGCUAAUGCUGGACAAGGAUAUGGCGGAGCGGGAGAGACCUUGAAGUCUGAUGCUGGGUUGGAGGUUGUGCAGGACAGGAGUUCAAGUGCGGAGAUGGGCAAUGAGGAGAAUGACAAUGUGGCGCCUGAAGUUCUUGAACAUGGCAUUGAGGCGAUUGAGGGCAAAAAGUCGGCAUGGUAUGCGUAUUUGACGACGGCAGAUUUCUGGUUGGUGUUAACCAUUGGACAAGUCCUCGCUCUCUGCAUCACAGCUACAAACACCUUCUCCACCCUCCUCGUCAAUAAAGGCACUUCUAUUCCCGCCUUCCAAACCCUCUUCAAUUACAUCCUCCUCACCAUAAUCUACACAACAUACACCAUCUACAAAUACGGUAUCAAGGCGUACUUCAAGGUUCUGUUAGUUGACGGUUGGAAAUAUGCAAUUCUGAGCUUCUUGGAUGUCGAGGGCAACUAUUUCACCGUCCUCGCAUACCGCUAUACGAACCUCCUCUCCGCCCAGCUGCUAAACUUCUGGUCUAUAAUCUGCGUCGUCAUAAUAUCUUUCUUCCUUCUCCGCGUGCGCUACAAGCUCUUCCAAGUCCUCGGAAUCCUGAUCUGCUGUGGUGGCAUGGGCCUUCUCCUCGCGUCCGACCACAUCACUUCUGGAAGUGGUGCAUCCACACCCACGCAGAUUAAAGGCGACAUGUUCGGUCUUGCAGGCGCAACAUGCUACGGUUUGUCCAACGUCUUCGAGGAGUGGUUCGUGAGCAAACGUCCCAUGUACGAAGUCCUCGGCAUGCUGGGCCUCUUCGGGAUCAUCAUCAAUGGAAUCACGGCCGCAAUAUUCGAUCGCGACUCUUUUCACUCUGCUACGUGGGAUGGCGAUGUCGGUGGCUACAUCGUGGGUUACACGCUUGCACUCUUUAUCUUCUACUCUCUUGCUCCUAUUGUCUUGCGUAUGGCAUCUGCGGCGUUCUUUGACAUCUCCCUGUUGACGGGGAAUUUCUGGGGCGUGAUAAUUGGGAUUAAGGUGUUCGGUUACACUAUUUACUAUCUUUAUCCGAUUGCGUUUGUCAUGAUUGUUUUUGGAUUGGUGGUUUACUUUUUGGCGGGUAGUAUGUUGGGGGAUAGUAAGAAGCCUUGGUUGGGGCAAUUCCAAGAGCGCGGCGUGGUCGGCCUUGGGACGGCGAAGAGGAAGGCUAUUAAGGAGGCGAGGAAGACUGGCUAUUAUGCCGGUGGUGAGGGUGCUGGGCCCGGUGUUUAA